ACACAACCAUGAACCAUGGAGAAGAGCCAGCCAUUCAAAGAGAUAUGAUUCUUCCUGAUGAUGUGCUCUUAAAGUGCUUAGCUUGCGUCUCAAGAAUCCACUACCCAACUCUCUCCUUAGUCUGUAAGAGAUUUCGCACUCUCAUUGCUUCAACAGAGCUUUACCAAACUCGAACCCUCUUGGGCCGGGCCGAGAGUUCUCUCUAUAGACCAAAUAGCUCCAGAAAAGUUUUGGUCCCGAUUUCAUCACCCAAAUCUUACUCUAUAUCCCUUCCUAGUGUUGCAGUGGUUGGUCCUAGUAUCUAUGUCAUUGCUGGAGGAAUAAAUAAUAAUGCUUCGUCUACAGUUAUGGUCAUGAACUCUUGUUCUCACACAUGGCGUGAGGCUCCAAGCAUGUUGGUGGCCCGCAUGUGCCCAUCUGCUUGCACCUUCGAUGGGAAAAUAUAUGUAAAUGGAGGUUGUGACAAUAUCGAUUCAACGAACUGGAUGGAGGUUUUUGAUACGAAAACCCAAACUUGGGAGUUCUUACAGAUCCCUAGCGAGGAGAUAUGCGGAGGCUCUUAUUACCGAAGUGCAAGGUAUGAAGGAACCAUCUAUGUGAGGUCUGAGGCAAAAAAUGUGACUUACAAGCUGCAUAAAAGUAGAUGGAGGUCGGCAGACUUAUCCAUGAACUUGAGAUGGGGAUGGUCAUUAUCUUAUUGUGUGAUAGAGAACGUUUUCUACUCUUUUGGUGGUGAUUGUGGGAUCUGUUGGUUUAAUCCGAAAGAAAGAGUAUGGAAAACUUUGAAGGGUUUGGAAGGACUGCCUAGCUUGCCUAUUUGUUAUGAAAAAGUUAAAUUGGCUGAUCAUUGUGGAAAAAUGGCGAUUUUGUGGGUGGAGUAUGUGUCUGUUGAUAAGGAGAAACUGAUUUGGUGUGCGGAAAUUGCGAUUGAAAAACGCCAGAAUGGAGAAAUUUGGGGGACGCUCGAGUGGUUUGACAAUGUGUUCACAUCAAAUGAGCCAAACCUUUUAGUGCAUGCUCUUACUAGUACAGUUUGUUGA